AUGAAAUAACAUAGCAUAGAUUAUGAAUAAUGUCUCUUUUAAUGCAAAACAAAGAAAAAAUAAUUAAUAGGAAAAGAGAAUAGAUUUAUAUAUGUGUUUGAGGAUCGCUUGAUAAUAAAUAGAAACUAAAAUAAAGGUGAUCCUGCAAGAGUGAUUAACUUUGAAAAUUUAAUUAGAGUAAAGUGGAACUAUUCAAUAAAUCCAAAAUCAUUCAAAACCUUUCUUAAAAGCUUUACUUUAGAGACUAACAAUAAUAAGGAAUUAUUGAAAUAUUAUGCGGACUUUGAGAUGUUAAUAGCUUUAAAAAAAAUAUUACAGAAAUUUGUUUAACAAAGUUCUCUUGAAGAUGAAUAUGAAACUUAGCAAGUAUUGGGAGAGGGUAGUUAUGCAGUAGUAUUUCAAUUGAAAAAUAUUUUCACUGGAUAGCAAUAUCCCGGAAAGUGUAUAGAGAAAAAAAAACUUGAUAAAAUUGAUAAAGGAUUAAAAGCAGUGAUGAAUGAGAUAGAAAUUAUGAGAAUUUUAAGUCCAAAUGCUUAAAUAGUUAAUUUGCAUGAAGUUUAUGAUGGUGUAAAUAGUAUAAAUUUAGUAUUGGAUUUAUGUUCUGGAGAAAAUUUGUAAGCAGAAUUAACAAAACGCAAUUUAAUUCUAGAAGAUUCAGAAAUUAAAAUUAUUAUGCAUCACCUUUUAUUAGCUGUUGACUAUAUUCAUAGCAAAGGAGUCAUGCAUAGAGAUUUAAAACCUGAAAACAUACUAUUUUAGAAACCAUAAGAUUUUACAACCUUAAAGAUAGGCGAUUUCGGACUUGCCGCAAUAUAAACUGAUACUCCUUAUCUUUAUCCUAAAUGUGGUACUCCAGGAUUUGUUGCUCCAGAAAUUGCCAAUUUAGUUGAAAAAGAUAAAGAAUAUAGUAGAAUCUGCGAUAUCUUUAGUUGUGGAGCAAUUUUUCAUUUGCUUUUAUUAGGAGAAGGAGUAUUUCCCGGUAAAGGACAUUUGGAAUUACUUAAACUAAAUAAAGAAUGCAAUAUCAAUCCAGAUGAUAAGAGAUAUGAUAUUUUAACAAUUGAGCAAAAAGAUCUAUUAUUUAAAAUGCUUAAGACUAAUCCUGAUCAUCGUCCUUUUGCCAAAGACUUACUAAAUCAUCCAUAUUUUACUAAUUAGAAAUUAAAUGCUGUUGGAAUAUUCAGCAUGAAUGUGAUAAAAUUCGAAGACGAUAAUACUUUAGUUAUGUAAGAUUAAAUCCAUUCUCCAACAAAAAUUGGAUUAGAAAAAAGAUUUUCAUUUUUAUAAAUGAGUAAUGAAAGAAACACUCCUUUGAAAAUUAUAUGA